AUGAAAAUAUUAUCUACAAUUUUAGAUCGGGAAUGGAAACAAGAUGGAAUUACAGUUGCUGGAGGAAAUGGAAUAGGAGAUCAAUUAAGUCAGCUCGAUGGCCCUCAAGGAAUCUUUAUUGAUAAUGAUACAACAAUUUAUAUUGCUGAUUUUUUCAAUCAUCGUAUUGUUCAAUGGAGACAUAAUGGAACGAAUGGUCAAGUCGUCGCUGGUGGAAAUGAGUAUGAACAUGAAACUGACCGGUUGAUUUAUCCAAAAGGCAUAAUUAAUGACAAACAAAGGAAUUCUUUGAUCAUUUGUGAUUUUAUGAACAGAAGAGUGAUUCGAUUGUCAAAACAAAAUAAAACAAAUCAACAAAUUCUUAUUUCUAAUAUUCACUGUUAUGGUCUCGCAAUGGACAAAAAUGGAUCCAUAUAUGUUUCUGAUUCGACGAAAAAUGAAGUAAGACGAUGGAAAGAAGGAGAUACAAAUGGAACAAUAGUUGCAGGAGGAAAUGGAAAAGGAAAUAAUUCCAAUCAACUUAAUGUUCCUACUUAUAUCUUUGUUGAUGACAAUUAUUCUCUUUAUGUGUCCGAUAUGAGAAAUCAUCGUGUGAUGAAAUGGAAAAAAGGUGCGAAAGAAGGAAUCGUUGUUGCUGGUGGAAAUGGUCAAGGAGAUAAUCUUGAACAAUUGUCAAAUCCUCAAGGAGUGAUUGUUGAUCCUGAGGGUCAAAUCUAUGUGGCAGACCUUUGGAAUUCUCGAGUAAUGCGUUGGUGUAAAAAUUGUUCUGAAGGUUCAAUCAUUAUUGGUGAAAUUGGUCAAAGAAAAAAAACAAAUCAAUUUUUUCCUAGUGGUUUGUCAUUUGAUAUUAAACAUAAUCUUUAUGUCGCUGAUCAAGAGAAUAAUCGAAUCCAAAAAUUUGAAAUUAUUGGUUCAUAA